GAACCCGCCAGCCGCCAUCAUGCCAGAGUACAAACUGAUCUACUUCAACGCCCGGGGCCGCGCUGAGCUGAUCCGCUGGAUCUUCGCGUACGGCGACAUCCCCUACACGGACGAGCGCGUCGAGAAGGAGGACUGGCCUGAGAAGAAAAAGAACGUCCCCGGGGGCAAGGUGCCGGUGUUGAUGGUGGACGGGAAGCCUGUACCACAGUCCCUGGCCAUCGCCCGCUACGUGGCCAAGCAGGCGGACCUCGUCCCUCAAGACCACCUCGAAGCUGCCUACUGCGACGCCCUGGCCGACACCCUCGCUGAGGUCAAGGGGGAAGCCUAUAAAAUUAUGUUCUCAUCUCAGAGUGAGGAGGAGAAGAAGAAAGUCUACCGUGAGGAAUUCUUCCCCAACGUGAUGGCGCCGGUGCUGGAGCGCCUCGAGAAGCGCCUGCAGGAGAGAGAGUGGUUCGUCUCAGACAAGGUGACCUGGGCUGACCUGAUGAUCUCUCUGGUGUUCGGUGAGGUGCAGAAGCGGAAGGCCGAGCUCCUGGAGGCCUACCCUGCCGUGGUGACCCUUGUUAACAAGGUCAGGGACAUUCUGGCCAUCAAGCAGUGGCUGGAAACAGCACCUGAUACCCCAUUUUAAAUUAGAGAUGUCUACUCUACCUAUGACACUAUGCACCUGAAGUUAAUUAACCAAACACGAGUGUGUGUGUGGUGUAAUAGCUCUGGUUUAAUACCUUUAUUUCGUUAUGGGAGGCCCGAGAAUUGUUCAAUAUUAAGUGAUAUUUUUUUUAUUUGAUUAGGCAAUAUCUAUAUUUACUUCCCAUUUUAUUUGGCCAGCAUUAAAAGAAUCAUAUAUAUAUUUUUUUUAAUCCAGUCUCUUUGUUAUGUAAUAAUUGGUUGUUUCAUGUUUCGUGUUAAUGCCAAGACUUAUUUUGGCAAAAUAAAAUGUUAAUUAUGGUCUUCAAACAAUUAUAUUUUCAUGACAUGUGACUAUUUGUAGAUUUUUGAUAAACCAAUUUUAUCCUUAUUCAUCAAAAA